AUGUCGAACCUAGCAAAACUUGAGAUUGUGGCCCUUGAUAUUACCGGGAAAAACUAUUUGUCAUGGGCGUUAGAUGCUGAAAUACACCUAGAUGGUAAAGGGCUUGGUGACACAAUAAAAGAAGGAAAUAAAGCAACAUGUCAAGAUAAAGCUAAAGCUAUGAUAUUUCUUCGCCAUCACCUCCAUGAGGGACUAAAAAAUGAGUAUCUGACAGUUAAAGACCCACAAAUCCUUUGGAGCAAUCUAAAGGAAAGGUAUGACCACCAGAAAACUGUGAUAUUGCCAAAGGCUCGUUAUGAUUGGUUGCAUUUAAGAUUACAAGAUUUUAAAUCUGUGAGUGAAUAUAACUCAUCCAUGUUUAAAAUUACUUCUCAACUGAAAUUAUGUGGAGAGAAAAUUACUGAUGCAGAUAUACACAGUAUCGAGAAAAGGGUUUUAAGAAAUAUUCUGAAUUGA